AUGACCGCCGAAGUAUCCCACGGAAGGGGAGGAGCCGGAAACAUCAACCCGGACAACACCAAGUACGUCGAUGGCGAGGUUGUGAGAACCGGCCCCGAGGGUUCUCACGGUACCGGCGCAUACAGCGCUGGCAGAGGAGGUGCCGGUAACAUUGGCGACGCCGGCAACGUGCCCACCCCGCGCUCCGACAAGGACCUCGUCCCCGAGGAGGCUUACCGCCCCUCCACUGAAGGCCAGGACUACCACGGCGGCCGCGGCGGAGCGGGAAAUGCGCAUAAGUCGAUCGAUCACGAGAAGAAGGCGGCAGCCCAGGCCCGCGCCGACGGCACCGCCGGCGUCAGCGUCGCGGACAAGCUUAAGGCUAAGAUCCUCGCCCCGUUCCACAAGAAGUAG